AGACAUAUAAAAGAGAGGAAGGAGAGAGUUGGAUUGUCAAAAGGCUGUGUGUAGGAAAUUGAACCAAUAACAAGUUUUUCUCAGCUUGGCCAUACUUUUUCUCAUCUUUAUUUAUUACUCCCAAAGCUCAACUCUCAUUGGCUUCUAGGAUCUGCUUUUGACCUCAUCACUUUUCCACCACCACCACCACCACCUCUGUUCUUUCUAUACUAACCCUCCUCCUCCUCCUCCUCCACCUCCACCACCACCACCACCGGCCAUUAUUAUUCAAUCUUUGCAAAUGAAGGUAAGAGAUAGAGAUGGUUCUUUUCUCUUAGUUUUGAUUAUUGAUAAUAUGUGGAUAUGUCAUGAAUUGGAGUGUUGAUUUGUUUGUUUUGUUGCAGUUCUUCAAUUGGAUGCAAAAUAAGUUAAAUGGUGGGAAUGGGAACAAAAGACCAAAUGCAGUGUCUGCUAACUAUCAUGUAAAACAAGAACCUCACAAAGAAGAAUUCAGUGACUGGCCUGAUGGAUUGCUAGCAAUAGGAACUUUUGGAAAUAAUGAUCUAAAAGAUCAAAAUCUGGAAAUUAGCGAGCAAAGUGUUCAGGAAGAUCCAUCUUCAUCUCCUUCAGAUUUGCAAGAUUUCACACCUGAAGAAGUUGGGAAAUUACAGAAAGAAUUGACAAAGCUGUUAACGCGAAAGCGCGCUUCCAAUUUGGAAGGAGAGAUUGCUGAGCUCCCAUUGGACAAGUUCCUCAAUUGCCCAUCAAGCUUGGAGGUGGACCGCAGAAUUAAUUCCAAUACAUUUUGCAGCGAAUCGGAUGACAAAGAGGAAGAAGAUAUUGACAGAACUAUUAGAGUGAUACUUGGAAGAUGCAAAGAUGUUUGCAUGGAAAACAAUAAGAAGGCAAUUGGGAAAAAGUCAUUGUCUUUCCUUCUCAAGAAGAUGUUUGUCUGCAGAAGUGGAUUUGCACCCACUCCCAGUUUGAGAGAUACACUUCCGGAGUCAAGAAUGGAGAAGCUUUUGAGGACAUUACUUUCCAAGAAGAUAUACCCUCAAAAUGCGUCUCGAGCAUCAUCUAUGAAGAAAUAUAUAGAUGACAAACAAACACCAAAGAAAGGAAAAGAGGAUGAAACAGAGGAUAAGAAAAAAAAUGAGGGGUGUAAAUGGGUGAAGACAGAUUCUGAAUAUAUUGUUUUAGAGAUUUAAAUUUAGUUGCAAGGUAUAUGGACAUCCAAUAUUUUCCGAUUGAGCUACAUGGAAUAAGCUAGCAAAGGUUUGAGAAGUACUAGUGAUCAUGUAGAAUUGAUGAUGAUGGCCAAGAGUUUGAAAUUUGUGAGGACAAGGGCAUCAAUAAAAAUCCAUAUUCUCAGGCAGUGCAUGAAGUGAUUGAACAUAAAUUGUAUGGCCAAAAUCAGCUUCUUUUGUGGGACAUAUAUAUAUAUAUAUAUAUAUAUAUUGCCUCCCGUUUUUUUCAUGGUUGUAUUGAUCUAUCGUGAUCAGAUGAGUUCAACACAUGUUAUGAUGUAAUAUUAUUGUCAAGGGAUUUCUGUUGUCUGUACUACUGCCAAACAUUUUU